GUUAGCCAGUUUAGGAGCUUUGCACGAGGUGCUUCGAAGGACCUCCUGCUACGUGAGCCGGAGUCACACUUAUCUUAUGGUGCCGCUGAGGUAUACUCUUCCUCUUUACCUUCUACAAUGUAGGUCAUAUGUCUUGGAUAGCCAAUAUUGCACUUCAUCUGAUUAACCCAAACACACUUGUAUACCGCAUGUCUAGUUCAUUCUGAGCACAUUCAUACAUGAUACUUCUGUCAACUUGAACACAUAUACACACUGCAUUUUUACCAAUUUUGAACACAUGCAUACACUAUAUUCCUGACACUGCUUCGCAUCUAUUUAUCUUGAACACAGGGAGAUUCCCAUGCCUUCCGGGUUUAUGGGAACACCAUUGCUCGAGAUUGGUACAUGGAGCUACCCGAUGAUGUUCGCUACAUCGUUGAUGGGGCCGGUUUUGGCAUAUUCUGCAUGGGACUCUCGCGCCUCACUGCGAGUCGGCCUCUUCUAGGCGCCUUAGUGGAGAGGUGGUGGGACACCACCGAUUUCUUCCUCCUUUCUACAUCAGGGGAGAUGACGAUGACUCCCUUCGACUUCUCCAUGCUCAUUGGCAUCGGAGUAAGGGGUGAUCCGAUCCCUUUCGACACUGAUAUGGGCAAGUGGGAUGCUGUCCAGAUCUUUUUGCUCGGCACUCGCCGCCCACCUUUCUCCCGACUAGGGUUCGUGAGAUAUUCAUGGUUCGCCGACCAGUUCAGGGGACAGACGCCGACGAUCCGCGAGGAGGUCGAGCAUUACGCCUGGGGGUUCCUCAUGUUCAUGCUUGGCACUACUCUAUUCGCCGACCGGGGGAACACCAUUGGCCUCUACCUCUUGAGCGCAUUGAUAAACGUGACUCGCAUCCGGCGCUAUGACUGGGGAAGCGCAGGCCUGGCCACACUGUAUGGAUAUAUGAGUUCCUCAUCUCGUCGGAGUGGGCACCUGCUAGGAGGCUACUGGAGAGCCUGGGAGUUGUGGGUAUAUGCCUACUUCCUGAGGCUUGCUCCAUAGCCGGAGGUAGAGAUGCCCCCCAUGGUUCCAUAUUCACAUCGGUUUGAUGGGAGAUGUGAGCGGAGGCCGUGAGAGUCUUUCUCAUUCUUCCGCCGAUAUUUUGACACUGUAGCCGCA